CCAAAUCACAAACAUGGCAUCUUCUUCAGAAAAUAAUUUUGAAGAUUCACUUGAUGAUUACUUUAAUCAAUAUUUUAAUCAAGCCUUUGAGACUUUAUCCAUGCGUCAUCAAGAAGAAGGUAGGAAACAAAGAAAAAAACGGGCUUAUAUCGAAGGACAUCGUGAAGAAGGGCACAUACGUUUAUGGAAUGACUAUUUCAGUGAAACGCCAACAUAUCCUGAAAAUUUCUUCCGACAACGAUUUAGAAUGAACAAGCGAUUGUUCAUGCAUAUUGUUGAUCGAUUCUCCAAUGAGGUUGAAUUCUUUCAACAAACGCAAGAUGCACUUGGAAGGAAUAGUCUCUCUCCACUCCAGAAGUGUACAGCAUCCAUUCGUGUCUUGGCAUAUGGUACUGCGGCUGAUGCUGUUGACGAAUACCUCCGACUCGGUGAAACUACUACUCGGUCAUGUGUGGAACAUUUUGUGGAAGGCAUAAUAUAUUUAUUCGGCGAGGAGUACCUAAGAAGACCAACACCGACUGAUCUUCAACGUUUACUUGAUGUUGGUGAGGCUCGUGGAUUUCCCGGGAUGGUAGGAAGCAUCGAUUGUAUGCAUUGGGAGUGGAAGAAUUGUCCCACCGCUUGGAAAGGGCAAUAUUCACGUGGCUCGGGAAAACCAACAAUCGUUUUGGAGGCGGUUGCUUCGUAUGAUCUAUGGAUAUGGCAUGCGUUUUUUGGACCUCCAGGUACCUUAAAUGAUAUCAAUGUUCUUGAUCGUUCACCUGUUUUUGAUGACAUAAUUAAUGGUCAAGCUCCGCAAGUCACCUUCUAUGUCAAUGAAAGAGAGUAUCACAUGGCUUACUAUCUCACCGACGGUAUUUAUCCGAAAUGGGCUACUUUUAUCCAAUCAAUUUCACUACCACAAGACCCAAAAUCAGCUUUAUUUGCUAAACAACAAGAAGCUGUCCGAAAAGAUGUCGAGCGGGCUUUUGGAGUCUUGCAAGCUCGCUUUGCCAUCGUUAAAAAUCCGGCACUUUUUUGGGAUAAAGUCAAAAUUGGGAAGAUUAUGAGAGCAUGUAUCAUACUCCAUAACAUGAUAGUAGAAGACGAACGAGAUGGAUACACUCAAUAUAAUCUUAAAGAGUUCCAACAAGAAGAAGGCACCGGAAGUUCACAUGUCGAUCUCGAUUUUGAUAGGGAAAUGCCUACAAAUAUCGCCAAUAUGAUGGAUGCUCGAACUAGAAUUCGUGAUAACCCAAUGCAUGAACAACUAAAAGCUGAUUUGGUUGAACAUAUGUGGACUAAAUUCGGACAUUUAUGAAGACAACUGAGCUCGGAUGUAUCUUUCAAAUUAUUAUCGUGAUUUUUACUUAUUUUGUUUUAAUGUUUUGUAUUAAAUUAAUGUUUAAAAUGUUUUAUUUUAAUAUGUUUUAUUUAAUAAUUAUAAUUAAUCUUAAAAAUAAUUAAGUUUAAUCAUUUUUUUAAGAAUCCCAAAUUAAGAACUUACCAUUAAAGUUACAAAAAAACGUGUUUUUUAAGUAUAAACUCUUAACUUUCAUUAAUUACUAAAAAAUCAUUAAGACCCCAAAAUUGGCUCUUGGGGUUAAUGAUGUUCUAAGUGGCCGAACAAACUUAACCGGCCAGUUUCUUUAUUUUUAUCGGUCCCAUAGUCCCCCAUAUGUUUUUAUGGCUCUUAUUCUUUUUUUUUUCUGACAUCAGGCUCUUAUUCAUUGAUCGUAUUUACUCUAUGACAGUUAUUAUUAACGAUAUACUGUAUGGUCCGAAACAUAGCUCACUUAUUUUCCGGUGGUUGAUGUAACAAAGUGACGUAAUCUGAUAAUAAAAUAUUAACAAUAUUUAUACAAAAAAAAAUAUUUUACAAGAAAAAUACACGUAACGAGUUGGAAACAAAAUCCAAGUGAGAGAAGGUAUUUUAUCAAAUCUACCCUCAGAUCUCAUACCAAAAAAAAACUUCCACAAUCAAAUCCCAGAAAUCCAAAAGAAUAUUACAUAUAAUCGAUCA